UUAGUACAAAUUCGGCGCAGGAACGAGCAACGCGUCUUUUGCCGAACACAAAGUGCCGCGCGAUGUUCCCACCAAAAUCCGGACCAACUCCGCAUCCGAUCUCGAUAGCGCUGCCUCUUUCGGAUCCCUAUGCUACUGAUCACAUGGCGGAUCAGGACGCGGUGUUGCCGGUACCCCUUUCCGACAGCCUGGACCUGGACGUGGACGUGGACCUCAAUCUGAAUAUGAAUCUUAAUCUCAAUGUAGACGACAGGCGCCAGGUGCUCUUCGAGGGCUAUUCGGACGAGCUGCUGACCAUCGCCUGGGUGGCCUGCAUAGUGUUCAUCAUUGUGGGCGUUCCCGGAAAUUUACUGACCAUAGUGGCCCUGUCGCGAGGUCGUCAAACCCGCAACUCCACGGCCAUAUUCAUAAUCAAUUUGUCCUGCUCGGAUCUACUCUUUGGCUGCUUUAAUCUGCCAUUGGCCGCGUCCACUUUCAAGGAGCGGGCGUGGACCCAUAGUGAUCUGCUGUGCAGGUUGUUUCCGAUGCUGCGCUACGGCUUGCUGGCGGUGUCCCUGCUCUCCGUGUCGCUGAUCACCAUCAACCGGUACAUCAUUAUCGCCCAUCCCAGGCAGUAUCCAAGAAUUUACCAGCGACGAUAUUUGGCUUUGAUGGUAGCCGGCACAUGGAUCACCACGUUUUCCAUAAUGAUACCCACCUGGCGGGGCGUAUGGGGUAUCUUUGGCUUGGACGUCAGCAUCGGCUCGUGUUCCAUCAUGCAUGAUCGGUAUGGUAGAUCCCCCAAGGAGUUCCUCUUCAUCGCCGCCUUCAUGGUGCCGUGCAUCUGCAUCGUGAUCUGUUAUGCCCGAAUCUUCCUGCUGGUGCGAAAGGCGGCCAUUCGCGCGGGAACCGCUGGCAAGACCAAUGUCAGCGAUGUGACUCCCAGCUCCGCGCCGCAGCAUCAGAUUCAAGCCAUGGCCACACCAAAGAAGCCGGAGAAGGUGACCACGUCCAGCGGCGAGGCGAACGAACCGAUCGCAGGACGACCCUUUGUGGUGGAGGAAAACUUAGCGUAUAUCGAUGACAAUGCUUCGACGGACAGUCUGCCGAUCUCGUACAGCAUACGGAGGAGGGAUCAGGACCAGCAGCCACCGCCUGUUGAUGCCAAUGUGGUGCUCAAGGAGCGGGAGAAGGAAAGGGAUCGGGAUCAGGAAAAGGUCAGCCUGGGACGCAGUCAAACGCAACUAGAGAUGGGCAAAACCCAUGGAAAGAACCCUAUCACUACAUCCCUGCGCACCACCUCCUUCACACGGUUUAGCCCGCGGAAAUCCCACUACGCCUCCAUGGGCAAUACCUCAAAUGCAUCCUCUAUUUACCCGGGAAGGAUGAGUGCCAAGGACCGGAGAUUGCUUAAGAUGAUACUGGUAAUCUUCGUGUGGUUUGUAAUUUGUUAUUUGCCCAUCACGGUGGCCAAAAUAUGGAAAAGCGCCACCGAGGUGCACUGGUUCAACAUUGCUGGCUAUCUACUUAUCUACUUGACCACCUGCAUCAACCCGCUGAUCUACGUGUUGAUGAGCUCCGAAUACCGAAGAGCUUACUGGAACUUGCUGCGCUGCCAUGGCUCUCCAGAUACCCAGAAGCAGCGGAAUCAGGCCAAUGCAAAGCGAAAGCACCUGGAGUCCAAUCGGCAGGUGAAGGCCACGACGUGACUCCGACAGAUGCCUUAACACCUUCAUCGUCCUCCGUCCUAGCGGGAUAUGAUAUAUGUGUGCCAUAUGGUAGUAAUACGAUGGGAGAAGUACCCAAAUGUCAUGUUGAAUGAUCUGCGGUAAGAAAAAAUUCCUUGAUCCCCUGGUGAUUAUAGUGCCUCCAAAAAAGAUUUCUAGUCACAUGAUCCGGCCGGUCGUCCCUUCCACGCACACACGAAAACACAGAUCACCCAUAUAUAUCUAUAUCUAUAUCUAUAUAAUGUAGGAACUCCAGAAGUAUAUUGCAUUUUAUACCAAAUGACUUUAAUAUCUGGUUUACAUUUGAAUUCCAUGUUUAAGAACAAUCGAUGUUUGUUUAAAUUUUGUUUUUUUUUUCUUUGCUUGUCGCUAAUUAUUGUACCAAUACAUAAUAGAUAUAUCCUUAUAUGGAUACGCCCUUUCUAUGCCCCCAAUAAAUGCUUCGAAUAAU